AUGGCAUUCCUCAGACUUUAAAAGAGAUUAGCCGCCUCAGUCCUUAAGUGCGGUAAAAAGAGAGUUUGGAUCGACCCCAACGAAACUAGCGAAGUUGCACUUGCUAACUCAAGAAAAAACAUCAGAAAGCUCUUCAAGGAUGGUCUCAUCAUGAGAAGACAAGUCCACAUGCACUCUUCCUCAAGAGUUAAGAAGUAUCACGAAGCCAAGAGAAAGGGUAGACAUUGCGGUCACGGUAAGAGAAAGGGUACCAAGGACGCCAGAAUGCCACAAAAAGUUCUAUGGAUGAGAAGACAAAGAGUUCUCAGAAGACUCCUUAGAAAAUAUAGAGACGCCAAGAAGAUCUCCAAGGAUAUCUACCAUCACUUCUAUCUUGGAUCCAAGGGUAACCUCUUCAAGAACAAGAGUGUCCUCAUCGAGUCAAUCCACAAGAUGAAGCAAGAGAAAAUCAGAGAAAAGCAACUCGCUGAACAAAGAGAAGCCAGAAGACUUAAGAACGUCGUUAGAAAGGAAAAGAGAGUCGCCAAGAAGCUCGAGCAACUCGGCGGUGGCAAGAAAGCUGAAGAGAAACCAGUUCAAGCUGCUCCAAAGCAAGAAGCCCCCAAGCAAGAAGUUCCAAAGAAGCAAGCUGCUCAAAAGAAAGCUGAAUAAAAAACUGAAUAAAAGGCUGCCGCUCCCAAAGAGCAAAAGAAACAAAAGGCAGAGAGCAAGCCCGCCGCUAAGGACACCAAGAAGGCUGCCAAGAAAUGA